AUGUCGCUACUCUCUGCAGCGCCGCUAUGUCGCUGGGCCCAUUUUGCGACGCAUUGUUGUGUGGGAGUUGUGCGCUCUCCAUGUAGAGGAUUAAUUCUUGGAGAACCGUUGUGGACCUGUCGUUUACUGAUCUCCGACUGUGGUUUAUCAGCCUCCUCAUCACCAGGCCAAAAGGUGAUAUGCAGUCAGGAGCUAUUAACGCUAAAAUGUAGAGGUGUUCCGUUUGUUGAGUAUUGUGCAUCCGAACUAAAGGAAGGCGCACUUGUGCAUGUGGUGGCAAAAAUGUACCAAAAACCCAGGUUCGUGCCUAUUCAUGGUACAUAUGUGGAAGACACAGAGUUAUUGGUCUCCGAAGAAUUUGGUUCACUAGUUCUUCUUAAGCAACUGUGA